AUGAGUUUUCUAAGAGUUUUAUUUUGUAUAGGUUUCAUAACCAUUAGCUCUGCUUAUAUGCUCUCCGAUAUCAAAUCAGCCAAAAUUGAGACAUGCAGAGGCUGUUCUUUGAAUCGUCUGCCAGAAGUUAAGAACUUUGUAAUGCAAGAUGCACCUUUAUAUGACCGUCUUCAAGUAAAGUUUAUUAGUGGAACACCACCAGAGUUAGUGUUGCUUGGAGAUGAUGAUAUGGAGCUGGAGCGACUUCCUCUUUCUAACUUAAAUCGUCAAGAGUGUAAUAAACUAUUAGAGAAUAAGGGUUUUCAUAUGAUCCCUAAAAAAGAGGAAUUUUAA